CAGGACUGAAUAGUCUCAUCUUGAUGCCCUCUAGUCUCAUUCCCUUCUUCCCUCCAUCUCUUCUCCUUUCUCCAUCCCUCGCUCUCUCGGAACCCCUCACAUACUGACCUGCGGGGAGAUCGGAGGGAGAUCAUGCUGUCUGUACUGGCACUGACGUCCGUGGUACUCUUGGGCAUAGCCUCUCAGACCACGGCUAUAGUUGUGUACACAAGCUGGGAGAGACAUGCGCUGGUGGGCACAGAUGUCAGACUCUCCUGCUCUUUCUUCUCUUGGAAAUGGACUUCUCCAGAAGUAACCUUCUCAUGGCACUACCGUCCAGAUAGGGCAAGAGACAGCAUCGCUAUUUUCCACUACACAGGCGGAGUACCCUAUGUGGAUAACAAAGGCCCGUUCCGGGACCGUCUGGAAUUUGUGGGGAACCCCAGUCGCCGCGAUGGUUCUAUCCUGAUCAAGAACGUCGACAUUGCAGACAACGGAACCUUCACCUGUGAUGCCAAGAACCCACCUGACAUUGCUGGCAGCCCCUCUAACGUUCGACUGCUUGUGUUUGAGAAUGUUCCAGUCGAGGCUGGUGUGAUAACAGGGGCUAUUAUUGGCGUAGUGUUGGGACUGCUGAUCCUCAUUGUGGCAAUUUACUAUCUGAUGCGUUUCCUGGUCGCCAGACGAGUGUUCAGCUUGAGCAUGAGUAAACAUGGCAAGAAAGGCAAAGGAAAAGAAGGAUCACAGCAAAAACAGGCUUUGGCUGUGACGGAUCCGGCCAAGCUGAAAGCGGCAGCGUCAGAGAAGAAGAAACAGGAGUCUCGCAGGGAGAAGAAAUAGGGAUUGUGGAGCAGAGAGCUAGAGCUCCUGAGCGGGGCCUCCUCCACCCAGACCCAAGCCCAGGAAGAGGCAGCGGGGAUGGGCAGGCAGGACAGGGUUCUUAUGACCAUUGAGCUAGAGCUCACUAAACAGGAGAGAGAGGGAGGGCAAACUAAAACGAGUCCCGCUGCGGUCUUUUCUCAACUUGCGCGCAAAUUCACUCUCAAGUGAGAGAGACGGGUAUGAAAAGAGGGGGUGGUGGAGAGUUUUGGAGGCAAGGAGAUAAAGAUGAAUCCUUAAAAACCGGAGGACAGGAGAGGGGUGAAAUUUGUCUCAUUUUAAUUCAAUUCCAAAUGAAAAAAGUGUGGUUCCACAAAAAAAAAAGACUGUCCAAUCUAUGUGCGGCACGAUAAAACUACAAACACAAUAUCUAUGAAUUUACUUGCAGCUGUGACAAGAUAUUUUAUGAUUACAAUACAUAAUUAUUAUAUAAUUUGAUAUCAUGUGGGUUGUUUGGGUUCUGUCCUUGCUAUGUUCAGCUAUGUAGCUCCGCCCACAUUAAAAUCUAAUUCAUUCAAAAGCACUCUCCGCAUUCAGUGAGGUUCAAAAUUCUGAAUAGCUUCUACUGUAUUUAGCAUUUUUUUAUUUCAGUACAUUUUGAUGAUAAACGAUAUAAUCAGCUUAACAAUUUGAAAGAAAAUUUAAUUUAAAAAAAUGAAUUUAAAGAUUUCAGAAUCUGUUAGUAUUUGAUUUGUCCCUCUUUUGCUUAAGAGCAGCAUUCGAGCUGCUUGAACUCCACAAGUUUGUGUAAAACCUGAUUUGAGAUGGUCCAAACGUCAUCUUGAGCUCAAGUGGAAGCAAGAACAUCUUACUGUACAAAUGAGUUUACAUGCACAAUAUUUCUCAUUAAACUACAAAUAGUGCAUCAUUUUAGGUCCUAAAUCCUAAAACCUUCUGGCAUGUUUCCAGGUUUACAUUAGCUCAAAUCCCAGGUUUUCAUUGUGGACUUUUGAACCCCACUCGAGUCGUAUAUUGUACAUCUGUUCUGUGAAAAUGCGCUCAGUUUUUGCUUUCAGGGAAAACAAGUUGUUGUGUUGCAACCGGUUAGGACACAGUCUUUUUUUUUUUUUAAAUCACACAUUCACAACAAAACCCAGAGCUUUGAGCCAUCCAUUACGCACACACUGACAGUUUGUGCAGAGCUGUAAUAGUGGCAGAAUGGUUUCCUCUUGUUAAGAGACAGACAACUCUCUC